AUGUUUUCUGCAAUCAUUACCUCCUGGGGUGAAUCACCUAAAUACACUCAAGUGCUCGUGCCAUCGUCCAACUCAGAUGAAGUUCCGGUCAAAGUCAUCUGUUCAGGCCUGCAUAUCGUGGUCCGCUCCAUCGCCAGCGGCAACCAUUACGCCUCUGGAGAUCUUCCCUACACCCCCGGAAUCGAUGGCAUAGGUCGCCGCCUUUCCGACAACAAAAUCGUCUACUUCAUCAGCUUCCCUAGUGGUGGCUUUCAAGAGAUCCUCAAUGUCGAGCAAAGGAAGAUGGUAGAGUUGCCCGAGGGCGUGGACCACUAUCAAGUUGCUGGUUAUGCCAAUCCUGCAUUGUCUAGCUGGAUGGCAUUGACCGCACGAACAAAAGAGCUACCUGAAAACUUUACUGUGCUUAUCAUGGGAGCCACCAGUGCUAGCGGCAAGGUUGCUGUCGAAGUUGCACGGGCUAUAGGCGCUGGAAAGGUCAUCGGUAUGUCUCGUAACCCCAAGACAUUGUCAAAAGUCGGUGUUGACGAAAUGAUCGUCCUUGACGACAAUGUUUCGAACACCGAUUGUAGUGCUGCAGCUGAAGCAGAUGUCAUCCUCGACUAUCUGUACGGAUCUGUUGCGCAACAUGUGCUUUCUACUGUCAACUUUACACGUCCAGUGCAGUAUGUACAUAUUGGAGGUCUUGCGGGCACAGAGAUGGUGUUGCCAGGCCAUGUACUCAGGUCCAAGGAUAUUACUAUUCGCGGUGCCGGACCUGGCAGUUGGUCUCGCGAAGCCAUGCGCCCAGAGGUCCCUAGGAUUCUGAACGCUUUCAAGACGUUCAAGAAGCAGGAGGUCAAGGUUGUGCCUCUGAGCGAGAUUGGAGAGCACUGGCACAACAAGAGCGAGCGCAUUGUGUUCACACCUUGA